AUGAGGGGGAUCAUUGAAUAUAGCUUUUUUAAAUUUAGACUUUUAUCCAUUUGCGAAGGAAAAUAAAAGAGUUAGAUACAUUUCCAACGAAGUAUAUUCAAUUCUUAUAGUAUAUAGUCAAUUCAAACAUAUGUCGGUGCCCUCGUCAAAGCAUUAUGGACUAGCCCACCAUUGGCCAACCCCUCAGUAGCCGGUGUUCCGUGACUCACUGGAAAAAUGAUGUAACUUUUGCCGGCUUUCUGUUACCUUCAAAAGUACAAAGAGAAAAGGAAGUUUAUCCUGUCAAACCGCGUGUAGGGGGAACAUUCUCAAGCAUUUUGUUGAAUAAAUGGCUCGGUUUCGUUACUUUAGGUGAAAAGACAGCGGCACACUGCCACUAACUUACAGUACUAUCUCCGUUAGACUCAGUAAAGAAUGAAUCCAGCUCGUCGCUGUUCGGCGUUAUUGAGAAAACUGUGUGUGUCCUCGUUGGGGGGACCGACAGAGAGGAGACCAUUUUCACCGGGAGCAGUGUCAGGCCCGGCGGGAACACGGAACUGUCACCCCGGUGUCGGAAGAGGGAGAGUCAAAGGGACCUAUCCCCAGAUGAAGCCGAGCGGAGCAUCCACCACUGGGGCAGCAGCAGUUAGUCCAAUGGGUGGCAGCAGCAGCAGCCGGUUGUUUGGUACGUUGGCCCAGUCACUGAGCAGCAGCCCCUUGGCCCAACCACACAUGUACCCAGAUGAGAACCCAGACCAUGAUUUGGACCAGGACCUGGCCGAGAUCGACCCGAACCAGCUGCUCAGAGAGUGCGAGGAGGCCCUGCAGAGACGUCCGGCCCGGCCACACCGGGAUCUGGUCUAUCCCAGUGGCACUGCGCCCUGCCGGCACAAGCAUAACCCCUCCAUACGGGUCAUGCAGUGGAAUAUACUCGCACAAGCUCUUGGUGAGGGGAAGGACGGGUUUAUCCACUGUCCACUGGACGCUCUCAACUGGCAGGAAAGGAAGUACCUGAUCCUGGAGGAGAUCCUUACCUACCGCCCCGACAUCCUGUGUCUACAGGAAGUGGAUCACUACUACGACACUUUCCAGCCAAUCAUGGCCGGCCUGGGUUACCAGGGCACCUUCCUGGCCAAACCCUGGUCUCCCUGUCUGGAUGUAGAGCAGAAUAAUGGUCCUGACGGCUGCGCUCUGUUUUACCGCCGGUCACGCUUCUCCAUCCAGACCACAGCUCACCUGCGGCUGUCGGCCAUGAUGCUGCCCACCAACCAGGUAGCCAUCGUCCAGACGCUGAACUGCCAGGUAACGGGCCGGAGUGUGUGCGUGGCUGUCACCCAUCUGAAAGCUCGGAGUGGCUGGGAGAGGCUACGGAGUGCGCAAGGUGCUGACCUUCUGCAAAGUUUACGCAGCAUAACGUCCCGAGGUGGCAGCAGCAGCCAGACCGAGGCUGCGUCAGGCCCCGUCCCCUUAGUAGUGUGCGGGGACUUUAACGCUGAGCCCUCGGAGGACGUUUACCGACGCUUCAGCUCCUCCCCCCUUGGUCUGAACUCCGCAUACAAGCUGCUGAGCUCCGACGGACAGACGGAGCCAGCCUAUACCACGUGGAAGAUCCGCCCCUCUGGAGAGAGCUGCAGCACUCUGGACUAUAUUUGGUAUACCCAUGAUGCUUUGAGUGUGGAGUGCCUGUUGGACAUUCCCACGGAGGAGCAGAUCGGCCCAGGCCGCCUCCCCUCCUACCACUACCCCUCUGACCAUUUGUCACUGCUCUGUGACAUCAGCUUCAGGGAGGAGCCCCACAGAUUGAUGUAGGCUGCCAGUCACAGCAGCCCUGGACCAAUAGGAGGACUGAGUGAGUGGACCGCUUGUCCAGAAACAAUACUGAACCUUUGCUUUAAAUCAGAGUGACGAAAGUGAACAUGGCAUCCUCUACUGGUGUGUGUCGGCUCAUUUUGAAGCCAGCAGACAGAGGGCGGAGUCAUGGUGGGGCAAGUGAAACCUGAUUGGAGCAUGAAUAAUUUGCAAUCAUGAGAUGGACACAAACCCAAAUAAGCCUGUCACUUUCUGUAAGGUUGCUAUUAUUUUAAAGUCAUAGUCGUAAUGGGGAACAUUAGAAGAGAAAUGAGGCAUUGCUACAUCACUUCUGCUACUUUAGCAACAAGUUGGGAAUGGAUCCGCUGACUGGUGUAGAGGUGGGUGGGGUUUGGAGUCACACUGUCAGUCCCCAGUGUUUAACUGAACGUUCCCUCUCUUUAACUGACCUUCAGCUAAAUGGCAGCUAAGGGGUUCAUCUGCUGAAGUUUCUGGAAAGCAAUUGCAGUUAUUUAUCGUUUCCAAUAUGCACAUAAGAUUGUUAUCACCUAAUUUUCUUAAAUUAUUCCUUAUACUUUUCUAUCAGUUGGUUAUACCGUUAUCAACAGCUUUUCCUGUUGUGUUUUUAAAUGAAUUAUUUUGCUUUGAUGUAAUCGUCGAUGGUUCUUCAGUUUGACACUGUUGCUGUGACUACCUGUGAACGUGAGGAGAAAUGUUAAUAUAUAAAAUAAAGUAAUUAUUUUUACUCUUA